UCUUCCCUUCGAUUUCCUACAGACCUACAUACUAUUCGUAGUCGCCCCCUUUUAUCGAGCUGUGAUGCAGAUGCUUGCGCAUUGGCUUUGGCUUCAGAGGGAUCGACCAAGAAAAUGAAGAGCACAAGAUCGAAGACUGCCAACGUGCGCGGGCUCCUCUGUUCAAGCAGUUAUCGUCUUCCGCUGAUAAGCAGCAAGCGUGGUGACUGAGACGGACGGGAGGAAGUUUGGAGGCUCCAGACAAGGCGACAAUUCGAUGUGUAUGUGCCGUGGGGCAGAAGGAUCCGCCUCUUGGCCUGGUUGCAGCGGGAGAUCUCUAUUGGGAAAUUGAGAAUUUUCCGUAGUGUGUGCGGAAGUGUCGUUCUUCUGAAUCGAGCGAAGGGAGUUAUAAAGGAAGAUCUUGCCCUAUUCUUUGAGUUGAAGCUUGGUUUCCCAAUGUUAACCUAGAUCUGCAAGAACACGAUCUUGCAGUUUUGGACUUCGUCACAAUAUAUCACCAAAAUUAAUCAAGUUCUUGUAUUUGGAGAUAGAGAGGCACAAUCCAGGCUCCGCGCUCUAGAGAAAUUGAAGACCUUCUGGGGUUCUUAUCCAUGGAGCAGCAGCAGAGCUUCGAGGAGAGGACGAGCAAAGACAGCCCCUAGAAGAUGGGUGACAGUGCGCUCCACCUUGCAGCAAGGGCCGGAAAUGUUGCCCUUGUGCAGAAGAUCUUUGCGGACUGCGAUCCGGAGCUGGUCGCGGAAUUGACUGACCAUCAGAACCAGGACGGUGAGACAGCGCUGUAUGUUUCCGCGGAGAUGGGGCAUGUCGAGGUUGUGUGUGAAAUUCUGAAGGUUUGUGAUCUGCAUUCAGCAUUUCUCAAGGCACACAACAGCUUUGAUGCAUUCCAUAUUGCAGCAAAGCAGGGCCAUCUAGUUGUUUUGCAGGAGCUACUGAAGGCUUUUCCUGCAUUAGCUAUGACAACAAAUUCAGUAAAUGCCACAGCUUUAUACACUGCCGCACUUCACCGCCACAUUGGUAUUGUCAAUCUUCUACUGGAUACAGACCCAAGACUUGCCAGGAUUGCAAGAAAUAAUGGGAAGACAGCUCUGCAUAUAGCAGCAAGACUGGGCAAUGUGGAGGUGGUAGUGUUGUUGUUGAAUAAAGAUCCGGCGACUGUUUUCAGAAUAGACAGGAAGGGACAAACAGCAGUGCACAUGGCUUCCAAAGGCCACAAUGCUGAAAUUCUGCUUGAGCUACUGAAGCCCGAUGUCUCAGUAAUCCAUUUGGAAGAUAACAAGGGGGACAGGCCACUGCAUGUUGCAACGCGGAAGGGAAAAACCAUUAUAGUUCAGACGCUAAUAUCCAUUGAAGAGAUUGAUAUCAAUGCAAUCAAUGGAGCUGGAGAGACCGCUUUUGCCAUUGCAGAGAAACUGGGUAAUGAAGAGCUUGUAAACAUCCUGAGGGAGGCUGGUGGAGUAACCGUAGAAGAGCAAGUAAAUCCUCCGAAAUCAAUCAAGCGUUUUAAGCAAACACAUGAUGUCCAAUCGCAGAUCAAGCAAAAGCGUCGGACAAAUAUGCAUUUCCACACGAUCAGGAAGAGUAGUCAAAAGCUCCACACUGAGGCUCCAGUCUGCGCUUUGGCAGACGCCAUGUUCAGACUUCCUGCAAAGCUUGAUGAGCUACUGAUUAGCCACGUCCACAUGCUUCCUAGGGGUGCGGAGGAUGAGAUACCUCUCAUCAAGCAAGAUCUGGAAGAGAUAAUGGCCAUUCUGCAGGAGCACGACCACCCAGGGAGAGCGGAAGACCGUGCUAUGACGAGCAAGUGCCUGACCAAGGAGGUGCGCGAGCUGUCAUACGACAUGGAGGAUAGCGUCGACCAGUACGUGCACGCCGUCGACACCAAGAGAAGGAUUGUUCCUCGCCGUAAAAAGUACAAGAUCACCUGUCGUAGGGGCAAGACCACUGCGCGGCUCCCGGAGAAGCUUAAGUGGCGUAUAUGGAUGGCCAACAAGAUCAGGGAGUUCAGUGUGCGCUCGCAAGAGGCGCUGCAGCGGUACAGCCUAUUUAACCACCCUGGUGCUCAUGGCAUCAGCACGUCUGCUACUUCUACGAGACAUGAUGUGUGUUUUGGCUCUUGGUAUCCCACACCGUGUGGGGAGCUUGUCGGUAUAGAUGGACAUUUGAAUACUCUUGAAGCGUGGUUGGGUAAGGAUGGGGAGCAGCAGCUCAAGGUGGUAUCUGUUGUUGGAUCUGGAGGGGUUGGUAAGACCACACUUUCCAAAGAGCUGUACCGUAGAAUCAGAGGGCAAUUCGAGUGCCAGGCAUUUGUGAGGACGUCCCGGAAGCCCGACAUCAGGAGGCUUCUCAUCAGCUUGCUCUCACAAGUCCGGCCACACCAAACCCCUCACACUUGGAAAUUGCAUAGUCUAAUUGCCGAUAUCAGGACACAUCUCCACGAUAAGAGGUACUUGAUCGUCAUUGAUGAUGUAUGGGCUACACAAACAUGGGAUAUCAUUAAUCGUGCUUUGCCGGCUGGUAAUCUUUGCAGUAGAAUUCUAAUAACGACAGAAGUCGAAGAUGUAGCUCUGAAAUGUUGUGGUUAUGACUCUAGGCAUGUUCUUAUGGUGAAACCACUUGGUUACGAUGAUUCAAGCAAAUUAUUUUUCAGCACAGCUUUUGGACUACAAUAUGAAUGUCCUCCAGAACUCUGUGACGCUGCACACAACAUUGUGAGGAAAUGUGCUGGUUCACCACUAGCAAUGGUUACUGUUGCUAGUCUUUUAGUAAGCCAGAUUGGCAAACCAGAGAAAUGGGAUUAUGUAAAUGAAAUCUUUGGUCACGGUUUGAGCACAUAUCCUAGCUCGGAAGGAAUGAAACAAGUACUAAACCUUAGUUACAACAAUCUUCCUCAUUAUUUGAAGGCAUGUGUGAUGUAUCUCAGUAUAUAUGAAGAGGACUACAUAAUUCAGAAAGAUGAUUUGGUAAAGCAAUGGAUAGCUGAAGGUCUUAUCCUAGCAACAGAAGAGAAAGACAAAGAGGAAAUAUCAAGGAGAUAUUUUGAUGAGCUUAUCAGUAGCAGAAUGAUCCUACCUGUGUAUACAAAUGACAACGAUGAUGUUUUGUCCUGCACACUGCAUCACAUGGUACUUGAUUUUAUCAAACACAAGUCCUUAGAAGAGAAUUUUGUCAUCGCAAUAGAUCAUAGUCAGACAACUGCACCACUCGCAGACAAGGUUCGUCGACUGUCUCUCCACUUUGGUAAUGCAGAAGCAACGCCACCAACAAAUAUGAGACUAUCACAAGUUCGGACUCUCGCAUUUUUCGGGGUCAUUGAGUGUUUGCCUUCCGUUAUAGAGUUUCGGCUUCUUCAAGUCCUAAUCCUACAUCUUUUUGGCGAUGAUGAAAGUGUCAGUUUUGAUCUCACUGGAAUAUCUGAGCUUUUUCGGUUGAGAUAUUUGCAUGUCACAUGUAAUGCCACCUUAGAAGUACCACAAACUCAGAUGCGAGGUUUACAAUAUUUGGAGACACUGAAAAUAGAUGCAAGAGUAAGUGCAGUUCCGUCGGACAUUGUUCAUUUGCCGAGCUUGUUGCACCUCAGUCUUCCUGUUGGGACAAAUCUACCAAAUGGUAUUGACCAUAUGACAUCGCUUUGCACACUUGAAUAUUUUGAUAUAAAUGUUAACUCAAUGGAGAAUGUGCACAGCCUUGGUGAGCUGACCAAUCUUCAGGAUCUUCGGCUCACAUGUUCUACAGUUCCUUCUUCUUACUUAAAGAGUAAAAUCGAUAGUAUGGGCUCUAUUCUUGCGAACCUCAGCAACCUCAGGUCUGUAACUCUGAAGUCUUCAGGUAUUCUGGAGAGUGAACCUUACAGCAUGAUCAUUUCCUGUGAUGGCUUGAGCAGCGUUUCCUCUCCUCCAGCUCUUCUUCAAAGAUUUGAGUGGUUGCCACGCAUUUGUACCUUCUCCAGCAUCCCUAAGUGGAUUAGCCAUCUCAACAAGCUCUGCAUUUUAAAGAUUGGGCUUAGGGAAUUAGUGAGCAAUGAUGUCGCUGCUCUGAGAGGAUUGCCUGCACUAACUGUUUUGUCGUUAUAUGUCCGAGCAAAGCCCGCAGAAAAAAUUGUCUUUACUAGGGCAGGAUUCUUGGUUCUCAAGUGCUUCAAGUUCAGGUGCAGUGUACCUUGGCUGGAAUUUGAGGUGGAUGCAAUGCCUAAUCUCUUGAAACUCAAGCUAAGUUUUGAUGCCCAUGGAGUAGAUCAACAUCGUACUAUACCUGUCGGCAUGGUGCACUUAACAGGCCUUAAGGAAAUCUCUGCAAAAAUUUGGGGUGCUGGUGCCAAUGAAAGAAGGGCUGCAAAAUCAGCGCUGAUUGAUGCUAUAAAAAUGCAUUCGGGAUGUCCCACCUCCAGCAUACAGUGUUUAGAUGGGAUGUUCAGUGGUAAGGAUGAUAAUAAUAGCGGGAUACAAGAGGAAGAACACUUGACUCUGCAAAAGCAAUACAAUAUCAAGGAGGAAGACUCCAAGAAACAGCAUGAUCUUCCAAAGGACUACAUGGAUGUUGCAUACAAACAAACUUCCAGCAGCAACAAUCAUAGGAAGUCCAAGCGGAUCACACAGGUGAGGAUGCAGGUGAGGGUGGGAUCGGUGCAGGACAACAGCGCCCUCGAGGAUGGCUUUAGCUGGAGGAAGUACGGCCAGAAGGAUAUCAUCGGCUCCAUGCACCCAAGAGCUUAUUUCCGGUGCACGCACAGGCACGUUAAGGGCUGCCCAGUGACCAAGCAGGUGCAGCGCACGUCUACUGACCCGCUGCUCUUUGACGUCGUGUAUCACGGGGAGCACACGUGCUUGGACUCUGUCGGAUCCCCUGCGACGUCUUGUGGCCAUGUCGCCGGCGUGGAGGUGAUGAGCAGAAGUAGGCCCGGAGUUGGAUUCGUGUCCCAGUCCCAGGCGGCGUGCAGUAGCCAGGUUAUGUCCUCCGAGGUGGUAAGCGGAAGCGGGAGUACGGCGGGACUUUGGGGUGACGAGAUUGACAUGCCGGACCCGGACCGCGAUGACACCGGCAUCAGUGCUGACUACCUCGAUGGCUACGAACUUGAUGUCAGCGCGUUUUUUGCCUAGCGAGAUUUGAUGAUCUCCUCGCACUCGCAGGGGCGGAGCCACGAUUCAAUUUGAGCACAGGGAGGGCCAAACCAUGUUAUUUAUAAAGCAAAACCAUCUCCCAUUAGGCAACAGUUCGUUGGUGAUUUUGUCUUCAUUAUAACUGAACUGCAAGUUUCA